ACUAACUUGAAGUGUUUCAAAUUCCAUCAAUAUCAGUAAAUAUGCCUGAUGAAAAAUUAAUAAAAACGGUACAAAGUACUUUCUCUUUAUAUGGACUUGUACUUUCGAGGAAACUUAGUAUCUCAUUAAGUAAGGAACUCCUUAAUGUAGAAGAAGAUGAACGGGAAAGUUGGCUUACACAAAUAGUGGAACAAGUCUUGGCACAAAAUUUAGUUGAUCCACAUGUAACUGUUGAAAAUCUGAGUACAGCAAUAAAGGAAUGUAUAAAACCCAAUACAUUGCAAGAAACAGAAACAAUAGUAAAUGUUAUAAAUGCAUUUGAUGUGCCUAGAAUCAAAUAUGACUUAUACAAGAAAAAAUUUCUUUUGGAAAAUAUAACACCAGAUUUAUAUGCUGAAGCACAAUACAAAUCAACUAUUUUUAAAGAUAGAUUUGAGUUACUUUGGUAUAGAACUUUAAGACAUCAAUUAUUUACUCCUCCAAAACUUGGUGAAAGAAAAGAAACUUGGAUUGAAUUAGUACCAAUUGAACAUCUGUUAAGUGAAAGUAAAACAGGAAAUGUUUAUGUAAUGGGUCUUCUAACUCAAUUAACAGAGGGUCAGUACUAUUUAGAAGAUACAGGUGGAUCUAUAAAAGUUAAUCUACAGAAAGCAAAUUUUCAAGAUGGUUUGGUCAUGGACUCUUCUAUUGUAAUAGCUAAUGGGGAUUUCCAAGAUGGUAUUUUAAACGUGGAAAAUUUAGGUUUUCCACCAGCAGAAUCAUCUAGCAAUGCACGAGUAGAUUUUGGCAAUGCUAAUACAUUUGGUGGUUCACAUAAUCUUUCUUUAAAACUUUCUGAAAAACUAAAGAGUUAUGAAGAAAGGAAUAAAGAUGGAAUGAUUAUUUUUAUAUCUGAGAUGUGGUUAGAUGAUGCAGUUGUUUUACACAAAUUUAGAACUAUGUUAGAAGGAUAUUCUGAAUAUCCACCUAUAGCUUUUGUUUUAUGUGGACAUUUUUUAAGUUUUCCUGUAAAUAUAUCAAGUGGUCAAAAAUUGGAAGAGGGGCUUAAAGCUCUUGCUGAUAUAAUAAUGCUCUAUCCAGAUAUACAACAAGUUUCCAAAUUUAUUUUUGUACCUGCACUAAAUGAUAUUGGAUCUCCGAAGAUUUUGCCGAGAUCUCCACUUCCGAAGCAUCUCACAGAAGAUUUUGAAAAAAAUAUACCUGGAGCAAUAUUUACAACUAAUCCAUGUAGAAUUCAGUAUUGUACAAAAGAAAUUGUAAUAUUAAGGGAAGAUAUUUUGACAAAGAUGUGUAGGAAUACACUUCACUUUCCAAAUGAAGGCAAUAUUUAUGAUCAUUAUGCUAAAUCAAUUAUUUGUCAAUCUCAUUUGACUCCUUUAAGUCUUUCGGUGAUACCAAUAUAUUGGAAGUACAAUCAAGCAUUACAAAUAUAUCCUACUCCGGAUCUCAUUGUAGCUGCAGAUAAAUUUGAAGCGUAUGAAAGUAUUUACUCUAACUGUCAUAUAAUUAACCCUGGAUUAUUUCCAAAGAACGAUCAUUCGUUUAAAGUAUAUGUUCCGGCAUUAAAUUUAAUUGAACAUUGUGCUAUUCCCAAAGAUAUAGAUGGUGUUUGA